GCUUAAAACAAUUAAAGGCAACUACUAAAUAAAAUAAAAGCGACCCAUUGAAACAAAAACACUCAUCCCUUAUCCAAACCUCACCGAAAAACGAAAGACAAAACCGAGAAAAGCACACACACGAAGCAUCUGCCUAUUCCCAGCUACUAACUCCAUCCUUAUCUCUCUAUUAUUCCCUUAAAACUUACUCACACAGGCAUGAAAAAAUGAUUGCCCUCAAGCCCAUUGUUCACGCUUCCUUGCACGCGUUCCACCACGCGCCGCUCCACACCGUGAGAGGUUCCGUUUGGUGCGUUUGCAAAUCGCAGGAGUCCGAUUCCGAGGGUUCCUCGGCGGAAGGAGAUGCUAACAGCCAAGAGCUUCUGGCACGAAUCGCCAUGCUUCAGACGGAAAAGGUUCGCCUCACCGAUUUUCUGGAGGAGAGGUCAGAGUAUUUGUCGCAGUUUGGGGAAGAGGCGAAAGCUGAGUUUGACAAGAUCGGAGAAGAUGCUCUCAAAGAGUUGGAUGAAGCUGGUGCCAGAGUAUGUGUUCUUCAACUUCUUAAUGUUAAUUCAUUUCUCUCUUCUUCUUACUCAUCAUUAGAUUCAAAUUUCCAGAUUAAGUUUAAGUUUACAAGUUUAGGUUUUAAAAUGAAUGUCAAAAAUUAAUUUUGUUUAUUUACUUUUUGUAGUUAUAUAAUGUAAAUUUCUUUAGUUUCCCGA